UGUUUUAGGUGAUUUGAGUCAUUGAACCUGUAUAGUUUUUCCGAUUAAGUUCAUCCGUCUCCAUUUCCAACAAACUGAAGUCGACGACUCACGGGUCGAUUAAUGCCUAGCCGAAAUGUCUAUCACUAAGUGAAACAUUGCCACUACGGAAUGAUGAGUCAUUUACUCGGACUUAUUUUCAGGCCAUUGUAGCUACAAUCUAAUUGCACAAAAUGAUUUUUUGGGAUUGGACCGACCCUAUUCCACAUCGAGUUUUUCUACCGCUACUAAUGCAUCGAUUUUAAUCAACUGGAACCGAACGGCGACCAACAUGAUCGAUAGAAAUGUGUAAAUUCAAGUAUUUAAACAGGAUAAGUAGUUGAUGAUCACAUUGAAGAAACUAGGCAACUUCAGGGACUGCAUGUCUUCUUCUUCCUAGAGGUUAAAAAAACAUAAGAGGAGUGCAUGGACACGGUGGCGGUACCGUGACUUCUCUGCAAAAUGGAUGCGUGAUCUCUCGUUCUCGAUGCGAAGGUUGGAGUGCUGUCGCUGCGCUAUCGAGCUCUUGUUCCGUUUCCAUCGAAUUCAAGAGACGAUAAAACAUGGGUCGCGAAUCGCUGAUCUACAGCUUCGUGGCUCGAGGCACUGCGGUGUUAGCAGAGUACGCUGAGUUCGGCGGGAAGUUCGCCGGCAUCGCCUUGCAGUGCCUGCAGAAGCUCCCUCCCAGCACCGACCACUUCACUUACACCUGCGAUGGCCACACAUUCAGCUACCUCGUCGACAGCGGCUUCACAUACUGCGUUGUGGCAGUUGAGUCCAUCGGUCGUCAGAUUCCGAUGGCCUUUCUCGAGAGAAUCAAGGAUGAGUUUACUAACAGAUAUGGCGGAGGAAAAGCCGCGACCGCAGUGGCGCAUAGCUUGGACAGAGAAUUUGGGCCUAAACUGAAGGAGCAAAUGCAGUACUGCAUGGAUCAUCCCGAAGAGAUCAGCAAACUCGCCAAAGUGACAGCUCAGGUAUCAGAAGUGAAAGGAGUCGUGAUGGAGUAUAUAGAAAAGGUUCUGGAUAGAGGCAAGGAAGUUGAGCUCCUGCUCGACAAGACAGAGAAUCUUCAAUCUCAGGCGCAAGAUUUCCGGCAGCAGGCGACCUGACUCAAAAGGAAGAUGUGGUUGCAGAACAUGAAAAUAAAGCCAAUAGUUCUCGGCAUUGUCGUCGCUUUAAUUCUGAUUAUAGUCUUGUCCAUCAUUUGUGGUGGUUUUAGGUGUGGUGGUAAAUAAUGGAGUGACUGUAGAUCUUAUAUUCUUUAAAACCUCCAGAAGUUUUUUCUUUCUAUACACACGAGUCCUCAUUUUUCCUGUAGUAUAAUGGAAUAAAUUGCUUGUAUAGCUCUGUAUGCUUGACAGAGUUCUCUCA